AUGCUUGCGGCAGCUCGUGGGGUAUUGAACAGGAGAGGUGCAACGCUUCUGCUGGCGCAUUCCAAACUGAAUGGUGCCGGCGAGACGAUGCCGACGAUGAUAAGAGCACAAGGGUGGUCGACUGCCUGCUCCACCCAUCAUAUAACGAGCGGCGCUGUCAUUUCCCAGCGUCGGUUUCACGCCACGCUGGGUGGCAGCAACACAUCGCAGCAACCGAGUGCGAGCAACGCGCCCCCUGCAGCGGCUGUGCCAAGCACCGCUGGCAAACCUGACCAGGAGGCCAUUGACAACCUGCUGGAUGAGAUUCAGGUUGUGCUGAGCAGGCCCGUGCCGAUUGGCGCGCUCUUUCGGGCGCUUUCCUCCGCGAGCAAGAAGACGCUGGCGAGAAACAAGGAGCCACUAGAGCAGCUGCUGCUUCGCUACCCGGAGCACUUUGCGGUGUACCAGCAGGGAAGUAAUCGCAACCGCACAAUUCACUGUGCCCCGCUACACUUGGUGCCGGCGAAUGUGCGGCGUUUGGUGCUUGAGGAGAGUUCGGUGCCGGCAGUAGCGUCUUCUGCGUCGGAGUCCAAGAACCCGGCAGAUAUCCACGCAAGGAUUCUGAAGCAUGACCCUCUUGCAGAGAAACAGCAACGCAUCAACACAGUGCUGCAGUACAUCCCCAAUGAGUGGUCGCCGUUCACAGACCUUGGCAUCCCAGAGGAGGUGCGUGUGAAGUGCAUGGGGAAGCCGAGUGUCAAGGCGUUUCAGUAUUUUGAAAAGUACCCGCAGUAUUUUGAGGUGCGGCAGCAGGGCUUAGCCGAGCACACCUUCUACGUCCGCCGCUCCUUGGCGCUGCAGCGAAACCUCGAGAAGUCCCCAUAA